GUACAUACUGGGCGGAGCCACCGAUUUUCACUUCCUAGAUGCACACUGCUAACACUGCUGCACAAUGAAAAUACUUAAUUUCUUAAGCUUAUUUUCCACAUACCUGUUAGCGGAAAGCCUCAACAUCGAGGACAACGCGGGGCAGUUCUUUAGCAGUGGUCAUACUAACAACUGGGCUGUUCUGGUGUGCACAUCCAGAUUCUGGUUCAACUACCGUCAUGUGGCCAAUACUCUGUCUGUGUAUAGAAGUGUUAAGAGGCUGGGCAUCCCUGACAGCCACAUAGUUCUGAUGCUGGCUGAUGAUAUGGCAUGCAACCACAGAAACCCCAAACCUGCCACAGUGUUUAGCCACAAGAACAUGGAGCUGAAUGUGUAUGGUGACGAUGUGGAGGUGGACUACAGAGGAUACGAGGUAACCGUGGAGAACUUCUUGCGGGUUUUGACAGGAAGGCUUCCACCCAGCACUCCACGCUCCAAACGCCUCCUCUCUGAUGACCGCAGCAACAUCCUCAUAUACUUGACAGGCCAUGGCGGGAAUGGUUUCCUGAAGUUCCAGGACUCUGAGGAGAUUAGUAAUGUGGAACUGGCUGAUGCUUUUGAGCAGAUGUGGCAGAAAAGAAGGUACAAUGAGCUGCUCUUCAUCAUUGACACCUGUCAGGGUGCCUCCAUGUAUGAGAGGUUCUACUCUCCGAACCUCAUGGCUCUGGCCAGCAGUCAAGUUGGAGAAGACUCCCUGUCGCACCAGCCAGAUUUGGCCAUCGGAGUCCAUUUGAUGGACCGUUACACCUUCUACCUGCUGGAGUUCCUGGAGGACAUCCAUCCUGCGAGCAAAACCAACAUGAAUGACCUGUUCAAAGUGUGUCCCAAGAGUCAAUGCGUGUCCACUCCGGGCCACCGUACCGACCUGUUCCUGAGGGACCCAGGAAGUGUCCUCAUCACAGAUUUCUUUGGUAGCGUCCGCAAAGUGGAGAUCACCAUGGAGACUAUCAACCUGACUAAUCCCAUCGAGCAAUUGGAAGAGAAUGCUGUGAAUGGAGAGCUGCAAAAAGAGAUGCACUCAUAUGCAGACCAGCUGCCAGUUUCUGAGAUCAUCCAUCAGAAACCAAAGCAGAAAGACUGGCAUCCUCCUGAUGGCUUCAUCCUGGGCCUGUGGACUCUAAUCCUCCUGGUGUUUUUCAAGACCUACGGCGUAAGGCACCUCAAACACAUCUUCUGAGGCCUCAGCAUUUACGCUGCCGGAUACCCGAUGACUUGAAGCUGCAGACCUGAAGAGGGAAGGUGCAGUUUGUGACCGGCUUAUUUUCCUGAAAAUACAAAGAAGAUGUAUGGCACCACAACGGCUUGUCCAGAUACUGUGUGAUGCUGUUGGUGCCUUUUUGUUUUCUUUUUUUUUUUUUUUUUAACUUUUACUUUGGGAUGACUGCUCUCCAUUGGUGAAAUGUAAACAUUGGUGAAUUAUUUCAUUUGUGACAAGGAAGAAGGGACAAAUACUUCAAAGUGGUGAAUCAAAUAUGCAAAGCCCCUCCUCUGCAUGAGCAUACCACUAGCGGUACUGCCAUUUUAAACAGUUUUCUUAACUGUGUCUUUUUGAAGGACUGAAACUUUUUUUUUUUUUUUUUGUGUCAAAAGUUCUGUUUUGUCAAGCCAUUGCAUAAUCGAGUUGAUUUGGUUAUAAAUGCACUGAAUUGAGUCUGCAGAUAAGAAUUUAAUUUAUUUUCAAGAGCACGCUGCUCUGCAUAUUUCAGCAGCAGCGUUUUUGUUUAAGUGCUACUCAGAACGUCCGCUCGGUCAGAAAAGGAAAAUGUGGGAUGAGGGCAGGCUGAUUGGCUGUGAGUGGGCCGUGGAGAGAUUACUAUUUAAUGUCUCCCCUGUCCAUAUACAUUACACCCCUUGACCGUCAUAUCACGCUUGUGAAGGAUAACAAUCGCACAUAAUCCCAUCUCGCAUGAUGGACCCAUCCACUUUCCCAUUCACCAAAUUGCCCUCCCUGUGGAAACAUCCAUUAGCUCCCCAGCCUUGUACUCCGCUGAUUGUAUUUCUGGGUGAUGGACAGCUAUUUCCCCGGCCAUUCUGCGUCUCGCGCUACAGCAGCGAUAAGUGAGUGAUAACCUAGUAAGCUGCCGGCUGUCCCAGAUGAAUCUUGUCUAUGCUGGGACGUGUUUUCCACUUCUUCUUUUUUUUUUUUCUCUCUCUUCUCUGCCUUUCUCUUUAUGUGCAACCACUCUGCAUUAGGCUCAUUGUUGGGGGGGGGGGGACCGCUGGUAGUUUAUCUUUGCUCCUUGGCGCGAGGGCCCACCCAUCGGGUGCGCGCCGCCACUCUCCCUCGCGUCUGAAGUGGAAAAUAGAUGGAGUUAGAAAUGAAACCAUAAGUAUCGGAAGGCAGCUGCUGUGUCAGCCCCAUCUACCUUUUCUUAUACAUAAUUUAUGCAACACUUAUUUCUUCUUUCUCCUUUUUCCGUCCCGUUUUCUUACUUCUUGUAAUCGCAUUCCUCCUGCUCUUCUUUAUGAGCCUGCAAGCACAAUUUAUUUCCGCAAUUGGUAGGAUUUUUGAUGCUCCGAUUAAAGAUUAAACACGGAAUCAAAAGGAAUACAUUUGUCUUUAACUACCUUUUUUUGAAAGAUAUUGAGCUUCCUUAAUUACUCUGUAAUGCUGUUUAAAGUCGAGAUCUGCUUUUACAGUUACAUCCUUGAAGGUAUGCCUGGCAGAGCUGAUAGUCUAAUCUUAUUUUAUACCACAAAGACAUCCUUGAAAUCGGUGCCGCUUGAGUUGACUUACACACCUGCUCUGUUGUUCUCUUACUGGAAACAUUUCAAACAAUCCAGGGAGAUUUUUAAAAGCAGUUUCCUUCCCCUUCCAGUCUUGCAUUUCAAAAAGACAUAGCAACCAGUGCAUUCAAACCUCAAUAUGCAAUCAGUGUGUAAACCAGGCUGGCAGCAGAUACAAUGAAAAUUAAAGCCAGCCUAUCUCAGAUGGAUUUGUUUGUUUUUAAACCCACUUCAAAAUUGACUUGAUCUCCUCCUGAGCCUCUCGUUCCUACUUUGGCACCGCCAGAUGGAAUUGAAUGCACUCCACCUUCCCGCAUGGUGAUAUACUUUCCCUUCUCCUCUGUCACUAUGGUUUCUUUAUGAUAAUAAAGAUCAGUGUCAUCCUUCACACCUGACUUAGAUGGAGAGAAACCAGUCACAGGACAAUAUUAGAGCAGCCAUCUCCACAGAGGAAGAGAGAUUUCAGGCUGAAGCGUCAGGCAGGAUGAUCUGAAUAUGUCACACAGGUUGUUCAAACGAUGAGCAGUGUCGCUGUUCGCUGGUGAGCGCACACGUAUGCUGUGUGUCUUUUUAGAACUGGAGCGUCGACAUUAGCCCCAUGUGGCAGCUUGCUAAAUUUAAUGAUUUACGCACAAACACACACAAGCGCACACAUGGUGUUUGGAGACAGCGUGUGCGCCUGACAGGUUGUCCAAUUUCCAUGGAAACUCUGGAUUUCCCACUGCUUGACUGUCAGUGAGCCUUUGUAAUGUCAAUCAAUCUCCGGAAUGAUAAUAGUAAUUUUAGCAGUGACAGAUUUUCAUUCUCAUCUGCAACAAUAGCUGUGGCAUAAAUCACCGUCAGCAGCACUUGCUUCCUGUAUUUUAUAUUUAACAUGUGGCUUUUUCUUAAACUUUGAGUAAGAGGACAAAAAUAAAGGAGAGGAGAGGAGAGCUGACACUCUGGAGGUGGCUUGGGCAGAAAGCCCAGUAAUAAAUAUGAACAGCUUCCUCUUCUCUGUCCAGA